CACAGACUCCAUAUUAAACGUCGGGUCUCCCGCUGCAGCUGCUGCUGUUGUUCCGGUAUCGUCCACACGACAACAACACAGAGCGGUACACCGGAAACCAGAGCCGUCACCGGGACGGACACUUCCGCUCAGGAGCCCGGCGGAAGAUACCGUCCAGUCGAUAUUUACCGGAACCUGUCGGCAUGUAGCAGCUCAGUGCUCAGGCUGCCAGGCUGUUUGUCAUGAAGAAACGAGCCAACAAGGUGCGGGAGGAGGAUGAGUCCUUGUGCUGCUGCGAGUAUGUAAACAGACACGGGGAGCGCAGCCAUGUCGCAGCCUGCUGCUGUGACUGCGAGGACCUGGAUGACGUUUGUGACAGGUUUCUGAAGAGGGAAUCCCAGAAUCCUGAAUCCCUGUCACAGGUCUCAGCAGUCGUCAAUGACCGGAUUCGCGUGCCCUGGCUGUGGGGCGGAGCCCGCAAAGUGGAGCUGUCUGUCAUCCCUCCUCUUAUUCUCCUUCCUGUCCUGCUGCACCUUGCUGCUCUUCACUUCCUGCUCGGCAUUGUGGUUCUGACGGCUCUGCCCGUUCUGGUGUUGUGGUACUACUACGUCACCCACCGCAAGAAGGGACGGACACUCUUCUUCCUCAGCCUCGCUCUCUUCUCCCUGGCUUACACUUACUACAUGUUCGUCACAGAGGUGUUUCCCCGUGGGGAUAUCAGCCUGGUCCAGCUUUCGGUGGUGACUGUGGGGGUAAUCCUCACUCUGGUAGCUCUCGUCCACACUAAGAGAGAACCUGGCGCCGUGCUGCCAAAGCCAGAUGAUAUCCACAGCACAGUGACAUAUUACAGCCCUCUGGCAGACAGGGACCACGCCGCCAACGGAGGGAAGCAGGAUGUGACGAUGACAGUACCCAACUGGACAGGGUCACGGGAGCAAUCAGGGAUGGAGCCGAAGGAGAGCAGCCAAAGGAACUGGUGUCCAGUGUGCAGGGCGGUGCAGCCCCCGAGGGCGGGACACUGUCGGAUCUGUGGUGUGUGCGUGCUGCGUCUCGACCACCACUGCGUCUGGAUAAACAGCUGUGUGGGGCAGGCCAAUCACCGCAGCUUCCUGCUCUUACUCGUCCUCUUCCUGUCGACGUCUGUGUACGGGAUCAGCCUGGUGCUGCAGAGCGUGUGUCCGACCCAACCCCUGCUUACCUCCCUGCUCUACUGCCCGGGCGUCUACGACCAGUACAGCGCUGCUCUUGGCUUCACCUGCGCCUGGUACAGCAGCAUCGUCACCGCCGGGCUGCUUCACCUGCUCGUGAUGCAGGUCAUCAACGUCAGCCACAACGUGACCGAGCGCGAGGCACGCGGCGCUCUGCGAGACAGGACCGCUCGCAGCGCCUGCUGGGGGCUCGUGGUCGACACGGGCGUCUACUCUCUGGGUUUCCGUGGCAACUGGGCCGAGUUCAUGGCCAUGGGGGACAAACUGAGUCCUACCUCUCUCGACCGAACAGACCUGGUUGCCUUGGUCGGAGCCGACAAACUAGAGGGACAUGAGAGCGAGUGAUCUGUAGAUCCUCGUUAGGAUGUUUUCUCUGAGCACAGCGACAUAAUGAUGCUUCUGCAUCAGUCCAGUAACACAUGGGCUGCACAUCAUUGAGAAGGAUGGUCUCUCUGCACACUUCACCUCCUCCUCCAUCCUUCACACGCAUUCAUCUGCAGUGCAUUCACGAAGGUGAACAGCUCACCUGGCCUUCUGAAACGUGCCGCGCAUAUUUAUGUCACAGGUAAAUGAAACAUCCCUGCACCAGCCAGAUAAUCAGUCUAAUUAAAAUUCUGUGACCUGUCAUUGCAUUAAACAUAAUGAAUGAUUGGGUAGAUAUGAAUUUAUUACAUAGUCUUCUGACCUUGUUCAGACUGACUCCUAUUAUUAUGAAAGAAGCUAAUAAAUCAAUACACAUUAUUGUCAGCUAGAGAAGUUCACUUUCGCUGAUUUGAAGUUGUCACAGAGAUUGAAAACAUUUUUGAAUCCUAGUAAUUGUAUGCGUCCACAUGUUUGUAUGAAAUGAAUUUCUAUUUAUUUUUAUUAAAAGGAUGUGAGAAAUGUG